AUGGUCAGAAGCAGAGAUGUCCCUGGAGCUCGUCUAGAGGCUGCCGCCGCUCCCCGAGUCAUCAAGGUGACCGUCAAGACCCCCGGGCAGAAGGAGGAGUUCGUAGUGCCCGAGGACAGGCUCAUCAAGGAGUUUAAGGCUGGCAUCUCCACCCGUUUCUCCACUCCCACCGACCGGCUUGUGCUGAUAUUCGCUGGCAGGAUUUUAAAAGAUCAAAAGACCCUGAGCCAGCAUGGCAUCCAGGACGAUGCCACCAUCUACCUUGUCAUCCAGUCACGAAGGAGACCUCAGGAGUGUCUGGGUCAGCACGCCGGCUCCCCAGAGGGUGCGGCCGCCACCCAGGCGGAGAACAGCAGCCUCUCCAGCACGGCCUUCGGCACGGACGGCCUGCGGGAGCUUGCCAGCAACCUCGGCCUGAACACGGCCAACUUCUCCGAGUUCCAGAGCCAGCUCACGUCCAACCCCGAGAUGAUGUUCCAGCUCUUGGAGAACCCCUUCAUUCAGAGCCGGCUCUGCAACCCAGACCUGAUGACUGAGCUGAUCACGGACAAUCCUCUGAAGCAACAAGUGAUCCAGAAAACCCCGGAGAUCGGCCACUUCCUGAACACUCCCGACAUGCUGAAGCUCAUUCUGGAGCUCGCUCGGAGCCCGGCCACCGUGCGGGAAAUCAUGAAGGACCCCAGCCAGGCCUUGAGCUUUCUGGCCAGCCUCCUGGGCGGAGACAGCGCCUCGCAGCACGUGGCUCCCCCUGGUAACACCAGCAUUAGCGGCCUCGUCUGCUGCUGUAGCGUUACUGACUGCACAGCACAGAGCUGCACCGGAGCCACUCCAGACCCAGGAAGAGGAGCCGGUGCCACUGUCUCAACAACCAUCAAGAGCUUGCUGCAGCAGGCUGUCAAACGGCUUGUGCAGAACAUCCUGGUCGGGCCCGCUGCGAGGAGCGUGCGGCAGUUGCUCGGCCAGAACCGCGACCUGGGGACACAGGCGCCGCUGCAGAACCCCCCGACAGCUGGGAAGCCUCCGAGGCAGCCCCUCCCAACCUUCCAUCAGCAAAUCUGGCACCCAGAGGUGGUGGCGGCCAUGCCGGGCCCUAGAGAAAUGCAAGUGCCGGCACUGAUUCAACAUAGGCUGCAGGCACUGGCAAUGGGAGAACCUGGCAUCCCACUGCAGUUCCUGUCUCGUUUAGCGGAGUCGGGGCACACUGCAGGCUCAGCAGGGACAGCGCCCUCUAGCGCUGGGCUCGAGGAAGCUGCACACCCCGCCUCAGCGGCGCCAAGCCCGCAGUUCACUGCUCAGCAGAUGCUGCGGGCCCUAGCUGGAGCAAAUCCGCAGCAAGCUCAAAACCUCUGA